AUGAAUGGAGAGGAAGAGGUAAAUACUGUGGAGCAUGAAAGAGCAAAGAUUAAAAAGGAUGAGGUAAGGAAGGAUCUGAAGAGAAUCAAGAGUGUUGGUCCAGAUGACAUACCUGUGGAGACACCCAAACUGUCAUCACUGACACCAAAGCCACGUCAGACACCCAAACUGUCAUCACUGACACCAAAGCCACGUCAGACACCCAAACUAUCAUCACUGACACCAAAGCCACGUCAGACACCCAAACUAUCAUCACUGACACCAAAGCCACGUCAGACACCCAAACUAUCAUCACUGACACCAAAGCCACGUCAGACACCCAAACUGUCAUCACUGACACCAAAGCCACGACAGACACCCAAACUGUCAUCACUGACACCAAAGCCACGACAGACACCCAAACUGUCAUCACUGACACCAAAGCCACAUCAUCAGACACCCAAACUGUCAUCACUGACACCAAAGCCACGUCAGACACCCAAACUGUCAUCACUGACACCAAAGCCACGACAGACACCCAAACUGUCAUCACUGACACCAAAGCCACGUCAGACACCCAAACUGUCAUCACUGACACCAAAGCCACGUCAGACACCCAAACUAUCAUCACUGACACCAAAGCCACGUCAGACACCCAAACUGUCAUCACUGACACCAAAGCCACGUCAGACACCCAAACUGUCAUCACUGACACCAAAGCCACGUCAGACACCCAAACUGUCAUCACUGACACCAAAGCCACGUCAGACACCCAAACUGUCAUCACUGACACCAAAGCCACGUCAGACACCCAAACUAUCAUCACUGACACCAAAGCCACGUCAGACACCCAAACUGUCAUCACUGACACCAAAGCCACGUCAGACACCCAAACUGUCAUCACUGACACCAAAGCCACGUCAGACACCCAAACUGUCAUCACUGACACCAAAGCCACGUCAGACACCCAAACUAUCAUCACUGACACCAAAGCCACGUCAGACACCCAAACUGUCAUCACUGACACCAAAGCCACGUCAGACACCCAAACUGUCAUCACUGACACCAAAGCCACGUCAGACACCCAAACUGUCAUCACUGACACCAAAGCCACGUCAGACACCCAAACUAUCAUCACUGACACCAAAGCCACGUCAGACACCCAAACUAUCAUCACUGACACCAAAGCCACAUCAUCAGACACCCAAACUGACACCCAAACUUCCAUCACUGACACAAAAUUGUCAUCAGACACCCAAACUAUCAUCACUGACACCAAAGCCACAUCAUCAGACACCCAAACUGUCAUCACUGACACCAAAGCCACAUCAUCAGACACCCAAACUGUCAUCACUGAGACCAAAGCCACAUCAUCAGACACCCAAACUGUCAUCACUGACACCAAAGCCACAUCAUCAGACACCCAAACUGUCAUCACUGACACCAAAGCCACGACAGACACCCAAACUGUCAUCACUGACACCAAAGCCACAUCAUCAGACACCCAAACUGACACCCAAACUUCCAUCACUGACACAAAAUUACACCCAAACUGUCAUCACUGACACCAAAGCCACAUCAUCAGACACCCAAACUGUCAUCACUGACACCAAAGCCACAUCAUCAGACACCCAAACUGUCAUCACUGACACCAAAGCCACAUCAUCAGACACCCAAACUGUCAUCACUGACACCAAAGCCACAUCAUCAGACACCCAGACUGUCAUCACUGACACCAAAGCCACAUCAUCAGACACCCAAACUGUCAUCACUGACACCAAAGCCACAUCAUCAGACACCCAAACUGUCAUCACUGACACCAAAGCCACAUCAUCAGACACCCAAACUGUCAUCACUGACACCAAAGCCACAUCAUCAGACACCCAAACUGUCAUCACUGACACCAAAGCCACAUCAUCAGACACCCAAACUGUCAUCACUGACACCAAAGCCACAUCAUCAGACACCCAAACUGACACCCAAACUAUCAUCACUGACACAAAAUUGUCAUCAGACACCCAAACUGUCAUCACUGACACCAAAGCCACAUCAUCAGACUUCUAA